UCUUAGACCGCUAGCCAGGCAAGCCAGGCAAGGCCUGAAGCUGCAAGCGCAGGCGCAGGCAUACCGCUGUGGCGAGAAGUUGCAGCCAUAUCUCAUCAGAGCCGCACCGCUCCCUAGCCGCAAGCGUGAAAGCGUGCGGAACGAGCAAGGGCUCUCCCACCUUCAGAGAGCAAAGCACAGGCAUCGCUUAGAGCAACCUCUCCCACCACCAGACAUGGCCAUCUUCAGUAAAUGCGAAGUAACCGCGGGCCCGCACGGCCAACAGGUCGUCGCCACGGCGCCCGUCGACCCGGGCACGGCUCUAGUCGUCGACGAGGAGGUCAUUUUUGCGGUGGAAUGUCAACAUAUGCAGUCGCGCUGCGCUCUCUGUUGCUGUACGUGUGAGGAGGAAGUCACGGGCGUCGCCUGCAAGGCCUGCGACGCGCGCUGCGCCAGGGACCCUUCGUUACAGCGGUGGGCCGACGCGGCGCAGUUGUUGGGGCCGGCGCAAGGGUCAGUCGCGCUCUGUGCGGCAGCAUUGGCCGCGGGCACGAUCGACUUUAGUAAGUUGGUCCAGGACUCGCGGGAGUUGGAUUCGCGGACGCUGCAGAUCUUCCAGCUGGUCGCGGGCAACCUAGGAAGAAUAACGAAGCGGACCGAGGAGGACUGCUUCGCGUGCAUCCAAGCCGCUCGAUUGAACGCUCACGCGCUCGUAGACCACGCGGCCGGCUCAACACCGGGCCUAGACCGUUUUGACGACCUCACGGGCGUGCAGCUCGGCCAGCUGCUCUCGGAGCCGUUGUCGCGCUUCGACCACGCCUGCGACGCGAACGCUUAUCUAAGUGUGGACAUCCGGCCGGGCCUUCCGAUAAGAGCGACGGUGCGGUCCUUACGCGCCAUUUCCCCGCACGAACCCGUGACGCUGUGCUACCUUCCCCAUGCGGGAAACACGACGGAGAUACGACGGCAGCGCCUCCAGGAGGCCUACGACUUUAAAUGCGAGUGCCGGCUCUGUGCCUCGACCACCCUCGACGCGUUGCUACGGUGCCCCCGGGGCCCGCCGGAAGAGGCGAUCAAGUGCUUGGACGGCGCCUGGACAGCUUUAUCGGUCGAUAAUAACGAGGCGGCCGACGAGAUAGGCAGGAGGGCCGACGACGCGUGGCGCGCGCUGCCGCCGACGCACGGCUUCAAGCUCCAGCUCGACCUGCUGAGGAUCACGACGAAGGCGCGCCUGCGGGCGUCGGACCUGGACCUGCGGUGCCGCAUGUUCCUCGGGGCCCUGGCCGUGUCUCCUGAGUUAACCGUGGCCGCGACGGACCCCCUGACGCGAGCUAGGGUGCUGUUCCUGGGGGGGGACGUCGACGCGGCGCGCGCGCUCGCGGCGGUGUGUCUUGGUGUUGAUGGCGCGCGGGCGGCGUUUCCUAACUAGACGUGUUGUGUUGAACCUUCGCGCCG